CGUUGAGUACGAAUUUAUACAGAUGUUUUAUCAAUGUGAAUGCCCAUCAGUGGAAGGAGAAGACAAUAGUACAUUAUUAUCCGACAAAUUGAACAACACUUCGAACGAUAGGACUAUGAACAAGGCAUUCAUUGGAAUAAUAACAUGUUCCAAGUCGUUACCAUGUACUGACCACCACACGGGUCUUACAUGGCAGGGGUCUACAUUGCCUCCGUUUGUUCAAAUAGAGUGGGUGUACACAUCGUUUUCGACAACUGAAAUCAAAUGUGAAUUUUCACCGCUGGCGAAUAAAAUACACAGACUUAAAUGGCAUGCCGGUAAAGAAAUUAUCAUAAUGGAACUUGACAUAACAAGUGGAAUGCACGUUCUUAACUUAAAAGAAGCUUUUACAUAUUCUGGGCAAGAAUGUUACCUCGAUCAAGAGAUAAGAUGCUCGGUUACCGUGUAUGAACCAGGAGAGACAACCUCAACGAAUCCAGCUUUGUUCAGUAGCGCAUUUGAUAUCAAGGAAAUUCCAUUGGUUCUAUUGUCUGAAGUGUGCGUUAUCGAAGGGAAAUGUUACAAUGCCAAUGAUACCAACAUGUCGGACAACACAUUCGUCUGUUACCCAAGUAUUAGUCCGUUUGAGUGGACAAAGAACUUAACCUAUAUUCGAGAAAUCGGAGAUAGCUGUGCACCCGGAGAACAACACUGUGCCAGUAUUAACGGAAGUGCAUACUGUGACGUGCAAACUUCUAAGUGCUCGUGUGUUCAGACCCAUGUAAACAUAAAUGGCAUGUGUUCUGCAAAAGAUUGUUCAAUGGACUCUUCCAUAUGUAAACCGAUCUCGUUUGCGGAGUGCAGAGAUGGGUCUUGCGCGUGCGUUAUAACGGCAGACCUCAGUUUGCAACAAGGAACAUGUCGACCAAAAGUUCUUGGGAGCCCAUGUUCUUCUAACGCGGAAUGUGCCCAUAUAAACCAUGCCUCCUGUAUCGAGUCACUGUCAUCCAGGACUUUCACCUGUCGGUGCAGCGUUGGAUAUAAACUAUCCGAGUUUGCCAGGUGCAUUCAAAAGCAAGCCUCGCUGACGUUUAGUUACAAUACAGACGUCAGUGGAUUUAAUGAACGACGCUCGACUUGCAUAUAUGAAUUUGAAAUCGGACUUCUGUAUGCUGUAGAGUGGAUCAUCGAUGACGUGGUCGUCCAUAAUUACACAAUGACAUCGUUGGAAGACACAGGCUUUAACACACGACCAGCAGAAUAUCUGUAUGAAGAAUAUCUUAAAACUAAUCCUCUCAACAAGUGUGCAGUAGACAAACCGUGGAAAUGCUCCAUUUCUACAUUUUACAUGAAUGGAUCAGAAGCAAUUCCGAAGGUUUAUAGUGAAACAUUCAAAAUUGUAGAUAUAGACAACGCAACCGUCUACAUUUCAAGAGGUGGGGAAAGUAUUUUUGAUUUCACUGUCAAUCUGCCACUGUGGUGUGAUCCAAACGACGAUUGCUUUUUGGAAUUUAUGCUCUUUGAUGAGUCUGAGCAGUAUACAUGUAACGACUCAACAGUUGCUGUUAAGGGCGCGGACACAUGUGGAGCUAUAUUUCGAGGGGAGGAUAAAGUGAUUGACAAAUCGUUGAAAACCAAGCAAAGAGUUAUUAUACGGUUAUCCACAGUAAACAACAAGAAGUACACACUGCGAGAUUCCUUCAAAAUGUCUAUGGAAAUUCAGGCAGUUGGAAAGGUUGACUCGUUCUGGAAAAAAUGUAGAUUAGACACAACAAUACAGAUAGUUGUACGUGACGAAAACCACUUUUGGAAAAACACUCUGUGUUAUGUAACAAACGAUCCAAGGCUUCAAACAUUUGACGGGCAAUAUUACAGUAUGCAACUGGAGGGAGAAUUCAUCAUGUAUAAACAUAAACAGUAUCCUGUUGAGGUUCAAAUUGAAACGGAGUCAUGUAAUGGGGGGUGGGCCUCAUGUACAUGCGGUGUUGCUAUUCGAGCCGGGAGAGACCUGUUUGUGGUCAACCACUGCCAUGGAGGCCACAUUGUUGAAGCCGUCAAUACCAGUGACGGAGUUCUAAAGGGUGUUCUUCAUUCAAGCUACAGCCAAACAUUUCACCUACCGUACGGGACAUCCAUCGAGGUGUACUACUUUGUGACCCAAUGGUGGUCUCCAAUGAACAUCUACAUCUACCCGUCCCCUAAUGACAUGAACAAUGUUGAAGGACUGUGUGGGCUCUUUAACGGGAAUUGGAGGGACGAUUUCUUACAUAGGGACGGCGCGAUGACCUUGUCUUACAACUACUACUGGUGGUGGUGGUGGUGGGGAGGUGACCCUGACAAGUUUUCAAAGUCUUGGAUAGUUCCAGAUGCAGAAUCUCUACUGAAUCCAGAAAGAAUUGCAAACCUCUCCAGCUGGAAUGAAGAUGAGCGGUUUUGCAUUUGCCCGAAGGACAAUGGUGGGAACAGGGAACCAACGUGUCAUCAAAAUGAAGCCGAUUGGUGUUCACAAUUUGAAGACAAUCCUGGAUCUAACUUUGGAACGUUGACAAGUGACAGGACUAAGCGAUCCAUUCCAUUUGUAGACAAUCAUGAUACUGUUGAAAGACUUACCACAUUAAAGAAUAUACGAACAUUCAAGCGUACUGUUGUCCGCGUAAAGAGGCAAGUGUCUGUUAGUAACGAUUCGUACGAAAAAGCCGUCGCGGAAUGUCAGGCGUACCUUACUGCAAACUGCAACGGCGAAGAAGCAGCACUCGCGUCUAGUGUAGCAGGAAAUGCAUCAAACGACUGCGCCCAAGACAAGAUGGUGGAUGGAAGUUCAAGCUCAUCUGCCGCCUCGGAAUCUGCAUGUAUUAGCACACAAUCGGUAGCCAAGCAAGUUGUGGAGAGGGAUAUUGAGUUACAGGUUGCAUAUCCAAACAUUGCACAGACCUUCAAAACCGCGUGUAUAGACAAUUGCUAUGGCAAUGGUAACUGUACCGAAACAGGUGAUUGUAAAUGUUUCGAGGGUUUUGACCCACUAAGCAACUGUAAGGUGAACGUUUCGGAACCCCCGGAGAUUAUUAGCACCACGGGUGGAGGAAUUUGCAACCCUAAACUGAAGCCGUGUGAGACCUUGCGAUAUACGACCAGAGAUGGCUGCAGCAAGAAAAGCAUAUGCAAGGUUAUCGCAAAAGACUUUUAUAUCAGUGGCAAGAAAGUGACACAUGAAACAACGUUCAUUUCCGCAAUCUGCAACAACGGAUGGGAUGCGUACUGUUCCAUUUCUCUUGAAAAUCGUCGAAAAAGAUCAUCGGACCCUGUGGUAGCGACAGAGUUUAAUACAGCAAUAAGCAACAAUAAUGUCAGCUACAGCAGAGCUACGAAGGUUUCUGUACUCGAUACAACGUGCUUAUCUAGAAGAUGUACAGCUGAAUUCGGAAUUUUGUCUUAUCGCUGGUCAGUGUGUCCCUUCUGGUGGAAAGGAUCCUGACAAUCGUUGCAAUUAUUGUAGCCCAGACAAGAACAAAUAUGAUUGGCAGAUGGACGGCUGUGGGGUGGACGUAGGUAACGUUGCCACCAGUGACAAGACCGUGAUCAUUGCUGCCGGUGUUGCCUCAGCUUCUGCACUGCUUCUUCUGGCAGUGCUGUCAAUAUGCUUGUACAUGAAGAAAGUUAAAAAACGUAAACGCACGCAUCCAACGGGGCGGUUUGAACAUGUGAGUAUGCCAACCAUCCGCCCACAGUAGAAAGCAAAAGCAUGCAAACUACGACGAAGCAACAGUCCAAACUUAAGAUAAAAAAUGAAAUGACUUUCACAUCAGAACACUUUCACGUUAUAAUUUGAUUUUAAAACAAAUUACGUACAAUAUACAGGAAAAUUGUUUUAUUAGAAUACGUUUAAUGAGUUCACAUGCAAAUAUUUACAAUUCAUGUCAAAACAACGGUUUAGUUAGCACCUGUAAUUAUAUAUUUACGUAGAAAAGACGUUCUGUGUUUUUUUUUACAAUUAUUAAGUGUAUCCAGUCGUAAAUUGUUUGCAGUUCUGUUGUAAUUCUGAAUGUUUUGUCAUGUUUGUUUCAAAGAAUGUUAUUAGAAAAGUAUUAUUCAGAGUAUAUGUUCUGUUAAUAUAUUUCUAUGUUUCUCGAAUACUUAUAAAGCAUGAUAUUUAAAUAUUUCACUGUUUGUUUUUGCAGAAGCGAACAUAAUAUAAAAAAAUCAUCCGCAUACGUCCCUUUUUAUACGUUGUAUUCGACUUAUAUUAAAUUAUAUAAUAAGUGAACAAACAUAUCUCUUAUAUGAGUACUGCUUUUUAUAAAAAGGUAUGGCGACAUUAAGAAGUAUUUUAUAUUAAAAAAAAGUAAUAUAUAUUUAAAGUGAUAUUAUGGGCAUGUUUCACUGUUGAAUUGAGCUGAAAAGAAUUUACAGGUCAAAAGAGUAAGUUAAAAUGUGGUUACUGACCAAUUAUCUGCAACUCAUCUUGCUACCAGUUGUUUAUAAAAAUAUAUUUUCUAUUAUAUAUUUUACGUGACCCACCCAGUCCUGUAAGCCGAAAUGAUCCGUAAAACAAAAUGGUGUCUUUGUGUCGUAUAAACGAAUCUGCACUAAAACUAAAUAUAGGUUCACAUUGUACAUGCGUGAUCAGUUGGUAAACGAAAGUACGGUUGCUAUUCAAAUGCAUUAUUUUUCUCUUUCCGGGAUAUUGUUUUAGUAUGUUGAUGCUGCAUUAACAAAUAUAAGUGUAUAUGAAGUGAAAACACCAAAAAUAAACACCGGUUGCGAUAGACACCUAUAAACUGUUAGAUGCCCAUAAUAUCACUUUAACAGAUGAACUUCAAAUACAUUUUAGCCACACGUGAAGUUGUAUGUGUCGAAAUUAAACCGACUACGUGUUAUUAUUCAGACACAUUAUUCUGUACAAAUUUAAAUAUUAAACUUUUCCCUUUUACCAUUGUCAUUAAUUGUUCGUUUCUCUAUUUUUGCAGUGUAGUUAUAAUUGAAAUGUUUCUUGUUAUGUGUGUUUCAUGAGAUAUAAUCAGAAAAGUAUUAACCAGGUCUUUGUUCUUUACAUGGUAUCGACGAUCUGUCUUCUAAAAAUAAAUUAUGAUACAAAAUUAA